GAAAGCCCAUUUAACUAUGCAUUAGUGCAUAAUAUCAAGCAAACAGUUAUGUGGAUUCAGCGAACGUCAGCACUAAUAAAGCUGCUCCCUCCCUAAACAGUAAAAUCACUUACGUCCCAUACAACCUAACCUCAGAAUCAAUGUGUCAAACUAGUAAACAGCAAGACAAUGUUUAUUUAUCAAGCCAAUUUGCCGUUUAUAUAAUAAACAAUGAACGAAGAAAGUUUAGCAGACUCCGAUGACACAGUCAUUGUUGAUAAAGAUGAACUGAAUAAAAUUCUGAAAAACUACUCAAACGAGGACCACAAUGCCCACCCUUCAACAUCCAAACGACCCGGGCUGAAUAUUUACUCUUUGGACGACUUUUCCGACGCAGAGAGCGUAUGUGAGCCAGUAGAAAGCCGAUAUCAAGCAACCAGUACAGUGACUAGCACUAAACCCUCCUGGCAAAUCAACUUCUCAGCUGCAGACUUCCUGGAAGACUCCGGCGAUUCUGAUGUUAUUCUCACUCAGAUCAGUCAGGCGGAGGCCACGCGCCAGCAGACCUUUAGCAAAGAACUUCAGUCGCUAUUAACCACUGAAAAACCUAUCAGAAUUAGUGAGCAUCGCUCAGACGUGGAACUUGAAGAUGCAGCUGAAUGCGAUCUCAAUGCUGAAUUGGAAAUGUGGAAGAAUAAUUUCAAAGCCAAUACACUGUCCAGUGAGUCAAAUUCCCAACCGAAAGUGACUCUGGAUGAAGACAAUGACGCUCCUAAAACAAAGAGGGGCAGAAGACAAACGUCCGCGGAAAAAGAGGCCGAAAAGGCAAAAAAGCGCGAGCAAAAGGAAGUGGAGAAGGAAAAUCGAAAGCAAGUGAAGAACGCCUUAAAAAACGUGAAGUAUUUCACCCACCCUGAGCGGAUUUUGGACCUAACAGUUAACAUUGACGAAGAAAUAUCGAACAAGUCGUACGGAAAAGUAUUAGAAACCGGAUUAACUUGUGGAUACUACAAAUUUGCAGUAUCCAAACAAAUAAGGCCAAAUUUAAUUUCCUGGACAAAAAAUCCAACUGGCCAAUCAAGCAACAGCCUGAACGAACCUGAAAAGCAGUACAUGUUAAUAAUUGAAGUAGCCGAAUUUAUUGAGCAUAUUUCCAACAAUACUCUAACGGCCCAUAUUCAGUCUUUACUGAUCUUGCCGGAAAUAGAGCACCUCACUAUAGCAGUAAUGGGGCUGCGAAGUUACUACAAAUACCUAGACAGUCAAAGAAAUAAGGAUUUCAAGAAUGCAGUAGCAGACGCCCCAGACAGAUCAACCAGACCUGCUGGGAAUAUACCGUUUAAGUAUUUGCCGAAAAUACCUAAAAAAGAAAUCGACAAAAAGCUGGUUGAGCUGCAAUUUUUCUGCAAAUCUACUUAUGUUCGCCUUUUGGAAAUGAUCGAAGACUUAGUGGGGUUUGUGAUCGAAUGCACAAAAUCCGUGGCAAAUAGGGCCGAAAGACUAUCCAAAUCGAACGCUUUGCAAGCCGAGAAUGAAUAUUUUGCGGUAAAUAACAGAGACUGCGUGCCCAUAGAUAAAGAUGGCAAUGGUUUAUUCCGCUUGUGGAGCCAAUGCCUAGUAAUCUUUCCCUCGGCUAGUCUGGAAACAGCAGAAGCCAUUACUUCUGUUUAUCCGACAUUACAUUCAUUAAUUCAGGCGUAUAAAUCCUGUGACGAUGAGAAAUCCCGGGAAUUAUUGCUGCAAAAUAUCUUAGUUAGGAGAAGAGCAGAUCCACUAGAUCGUCCCAGAAAACUGGGGCCUGAGCUUAGUAAGAAAGUGUAUAAGGUAUUUUUCUCCAAAGACAAUGUUUCCAUUAGCAAUUAAAGCCAUAGAUAUCCAUCACAUUUAAUCAGAGGAAUUAUUAAUAGAACAUGCUAAUUAGAUGUAAAUAAAUCUAUUAAAUCUUAUACCUAGGACAGUC